AUGUCGUCACUGAUCGUCGCGCAGGACUCGCAGUUGAUGAUGCUGGAGUUAGCAGUGGAAAACUUGUACAUGCCAUGGACGAGUCCUUUCGAGAAGGUCCUUUUGAAGAAGACCAUCAUAAUGUUCCGAAUGCUGGACGACGAGUGGGUAACCCUGGAGCCGCACCGUUGCGAUUAUCGGUCAUACCGUGGCUCCAAUUAUCAGAACGAGCGUUUCUACGGCGGCAAAUCGGUGGUGUUCGCUGUACCGGAAACGACCCUCGAGAACGAGGUGCAGGAGGUCGAGCUGCAGAUUUACGUGUACAAACAGGUGGCCAAGUUUUUCGAGAUCGAGCGCCGACGGAAUUUCGGGUUCGCCCGCGUCAAUGUGGACCGCCUGCUUAACGGCAUUAUCAAGGACCAGCGCGAGAGAAAAGAGCUGCAAGGCUAUUUUUCCAGCGACCUGGACCGGGAGCCUAUAUCAAGAUCCACGCGUGGGACGUUCCCAUUGCUAGACGACAGCUACCAAGAAACCCGGGCCACGAUCGAGAUAUAUCUGCGUGUUAGCUGUCUGGGCAGGUGCAUCACUACCGAGAUCCACUCUCCGGCGAGCAUACGAAAGGCGUUCUACGCGCGCGAGGAAUCCGACGACUAUUACGAAUAUCAAUUCCGCGAGUUGUCUUCCAAGGACGUUGAAUCCUUCCACUGGGGCAGCGCGACGGUCCUGCCGCCCCUUCAUCCCGAUAAGCUCACGUGCCGCUGCAAGAUCGAGGAGAAAGAGGAAGCCACGCAGACCACGGAGAAGAAAAAGAAACGCAAACGCGACGAUUACGCCGCUCGAUUGGCUCAAGUGCGGAUGCUGCUGGAGACGAUGAAAGAGAUGAGGAAGAAUAGACCGGAAAUCACGGCGCACGGCCGAGGACCCAAGAAGACAUUUUGA